GGGCGGCUCAGGCAUCCCGUUUGGAGGCUGAGGUGAUGCUGCUAAUUAUAAGGCAGGAGAGCAGAGCCGCAAGACUAAGGGCAAAGGUAUGCUGGGCGCGACGUCAGCGCUGCCUCUCCUCGUGGAUGAGUAAGAAGAAUGAACUGGAACGGGCUGGAAAGAGCUGAGCUCUUCUGCCCAGGAUGAUGUGAUGUUUCGGGGUGAGGCCACGCCCCCCGGGAAGGGAAAUAAAAGCUGCGAGCGGCAGAGCCGGGGCAGAGCUUUCACAGCCCGCUGAAGAGGGGACAACAGCGACAGCAGCAGCAGCAGCAGCAGCAGCAGCAGCAAUAAUAACAGCAGCGAUGCUUUGCCGAAUGCAUCUCGCACCAUUCGCCUCCAGCGCCCUGGCCACCCAGCUGGGCACCGUGAGGACCCUCUGGCCCCACGCAGAGACCAUCUUCACCGAGCUCCAGCAGGAGAUGGAGAAAGCCCGGGAGUUCAUGAGCAGCUUCGAGCAGCUCCUGAGCAGCCAAGGAGCCAACGCCUUGGAGCGAGCCCAGCGCACCAGCACUGCCCUGGCCCCGAGCUCCGGAGAGGGCUUCUCCAUCUGCCAGGACGUGAAGAACUUCACCCCCGAGCAGCUGUCAGUGAAGAUGGUGGGCAGGAAGGUGGUGCUGGUGGGGCAGAAGGAGACGCAGAACGUCGACGAGAAGGGCUCCUUCUCCUACAAGUACGAGGUGCUGAAGCGGGAGUGGGACGUGCCCGAGGAGGUGGACGUCGAGGCGCUGACGUGCUCCCUGUCCAAGGAGGGGCAGCUCCGCAUCGAGGCCCCCCGGCUGGCGCUGCCGGCCGCCCCGGAGAGGAACGUGCCCAUCCAGGUCAGCGCCGCAGCCCCGCAGCCCGGAGCAGCCGCCCAGGAUGGAGCCGCCACCAAAGCCCAGGCGUAACGGGAGGGAGCCGACGGCCCACGGCAGGACCAGAGCGAGUGCCGGGCGUGAGCCCGGACAAGCUCCAUCACUGAUGUCAGUUUUCAUUACACUGGAAUGCUUUUGUAUCCAAUAAAAAUACUUUUGCAUGGAA